UGCUAACUUUUUGAGCCACUCUUUUUUUUUUUUGUUAUUAUUACAUUUAAGUCCCUAACACUUUGGACUGUUUAUAAAGGCCGCUAUUGUUCUCUUUUCUCUGCCAAAAAAAAAAAAUCCAAUUUUAUUUCAAAGAUUCUCUCAAAACAGUGAGGGAGUAGUAGUUCGAGUUAUCGACGACUUUUUUUUUCAACACGAAAAAAAAUGGAUUACUUUUAUGGACCAGGGAGGAACCAUCUCUUCGUUCCGGGUCCGGUUAACAUACCGGAACCCGUUAUUCGAGCCAUGAACCGGAAUAACGAGGAUUACCGUUCCCCGGCUAUUCCGGCAAUGACAAAAACCCUUCUCGAAGAUGUCAAGAAGAUAUUCAAGACUACGACCGGGACUCCUUUUAUGAUCCCAACAACAGGAACCGGCGCAUGGGAGAGUGCACUUACUAAUACGUUAUCCCCCGGUGACCGAAUCGUAUCGUUCCUCAUUGGACAAUUCAGUCUUCUUUGGAUCGAUCAACAACAACGUCUCAAGUUCAACGUCGACGUUGUCGAAAGUGAGUGGGGACAAGGUGCUAACCUCGACGUUUUGGCCGAAAAACUCGCGGCCGAUCGUACGCACACCAUUAAGGCUAUUUGUAUUGUUCACAACGAAACCGCGACUGGAGUUACAAACAACUUGGCCACAGUGAGAAAACUACUAGAUCAUUACGGGCACCCAGCACUGCUUCUCGUCGAUGGAGUUUCCUCGAUUUGUGCUCUCGAUUUCCGUAUGGAUGAAUGGGGAGUUGACGUAGCCUUAACCGGCUCGCAAAAGGCGCUUUCUCUUCCAACCGGGAUCGGUAUUGUUUGCGCUAGCCCGAAAGCUCUCGAGGCGACCAAAACAGCGAAAUCGGUUCGGGUUUUCUUCGAUUGGAACGACUACCUUAAGUUUUACAAAUUAGGAACAUUUUGGCCAUACACUCCUUCAAUUCAACUCUUGUAUGGACUAAGAGCAGCUUUGGACCUUAUUUUUGAGGAAGGACUUGAUAAUAUCAUUGAAAGGCAUAGUCGUUUGGGCAAAGCAACAAGGCUUGCGGUGGAAGCAUGGGGCUUGAAGAAUUGCACACAAAAGGAGGAAUGGUUCAGUGACACGGUGACGGCGGUGCUUGUUCCACCAUAUAUUGAUAGUUCGGAAAUCGUUAAACGGGGAUGGAAGAGAUACAAUUUGAGCUUAGGUCUUGGCCUUAACAAAGUGGCAGGAAAAGUUUUCAGAAUAGGACAUCUUGGAAACCUAAACGAGUUGCAACUGCUGGGUUGUUUAGCUGGUGUGGAGAUGAUACUGAAAGAUGUUGGAUACCCAGUUAAGCUUGGAAGUGGAGUUGCUGCUGCAUCUGCUUAUCUGCAAAAUAACAUCCCAAUGAUCCCUUCAAGGAUUUGAUGAAGAAUAUUGCAAUUAAUUAGUCCAUGUAAACUUUUUUUUUAAAUUUAUUUAUUUGCUCCAUCAUAAAUUUGUAAAAAUAUACUUUGAUAUGUUACUCUAUUAUACUCUCUCUAUCUAAGUCUUUUAUUUUCAUCA